UUGUCGCUCUUCCUGGUGUAGGAUUUGAUUGCGCUAUCUCUCUGCUUGGCAGGUUGUUUUGCUUCUUCUGACCUCCUUCAUUCUGUGGCUGCUUUCGCGCUAGCUCAAGUAAUGCGGAGCAUUUAGCAGCCUGUCACAGCUCGGACGGAUGGCUGGAGUCAUGUCUUCCCAAAGCGUCCCCGCUUCAGGGAUUCAGAGGCUUCUUCUCCAACUUCAUGAAUUACUUUCAGAUGAAGACAGUCGCUCUGCAGCUCUGAAAUGUCACGAUAUAAUCGGUGAUCUGGGGCAGGAGUGCAUGCUAACAACCACUGAGAAUGAACUGGCUUUACAGAUGUCACUGUUGUUCUCAAAAGACUAUGGACUGCUCAGCUUCCUCAGGAAGUCCCUGCCAUUGGAGGAGCUGCGGGACACCCGGGUGGAAAUUCUGCUGUUCCUAGAGAAAUUUCUGGACAAAGUGUCGCCGAGAGUCAAAGGCUGGGAGAAAACCUAUGCCAUAGACAUAAGAGACUUGUGCAUGGGCACGUACACAAAAGAAAAACUUGCCAAAUGUAGGACGCCGGUGUUGGAGCUGCUUAUAAAGGUUCUGCAAACAACCAAGGCCUCCAGCGUGGCUGCAGAGUUCAAAAUCGGCAACAUCUUUGACAGAUUUUACAGCGAACUCUGUCAGAGGAGCAAGUUACCCGACUCAGUUCUCGGCAAAAUCUACGAGUUGCUCGGGGUUCUGGCGGAGGUUCAUCCCAGCGAAAUGGUCAACAACUCCGACAAGUUAUACAAGGUCUAUCUGGCGGAGCUCAAAGAGCAGAUGACUUCCUCAACAAAAGAACCAAAGCUUUUGGUUGUGGCUGGAUGUUUACGAGGCUUAACUGCCCUGAUGGUUAAUUUCUCCAAAACCAUGGAAGAAGACCCGGUCACAUCCAAAGAAAUCUUUCAAUAUGCCCUGAAGUCCAUCACUCCACAGAUGGAAAUGAAUCGCUACGCUGUCACAUUUGCCGGGCUCCGGUUGUUUGCCAGACAUGCGUCCCAGUUCAGCGGCUGCCUCAUGGACCACUACAGGGCUCUGUUCGAGACCAUGUGUAAGCUCUGCGGACACAUCAACGGCGAGAUGAAGAAGACGAGCUACAGCGCGCUCGAAGCCUUCCUCAAACAGGUCGCCCUGUUAGUGGCGGACAACAUUGAAGAGCACAAAAGCAAGCUGAAGUUCUUCAUGCAAAAGUUCUGCGGCAUCAUUAAAACCAUGGAAUCGACGCACAAGGAGCUGUCCAUCGCCAUACGCGGAUAUGGCUUCUUUGCAGCUCCGUGCAAAAAGGUGUGCCCCCAAGACGUGGAUCUGAUGUACACGGAGUUAAUUCAGCGCUGCAAGCAGAUGUAUCUGACCGAGUCUGACGGGGAAGAUGACAGCUUCUACCAGCUGCCCAGCUUCCUGGACUCCAUAGCCAGUGUCCUUAUUCAUCUGGACAAGAUUCCAGAGGUGUAUACUCCACUGCUGGAGCGCCUCCUGGUGGUGCAGAUUGACACCUUCCCUCAGUACAGCGAGAGGAUGCAGUUUGCCUGCAGCAGGUCCAUCCUGAAGGUCUUUGUGGCCGUGGCCUCCAAAGGACCUGUGCUGUGGAGUUUUAUCAGCUCAGUGGUGCACCAGGGUUUGAUUCGAGUCUGUUCGAAACCCAUCACGCUGUCUGAGGACAGUUCCUCUGAGUCCACGGAAGUUCGGACUGGAAAAUGGAAAGUUCCCGCCAGUGCCAAUUACCUCCCGCUCUAUAAGGGUCUAUUGGACUGCGAUCAGCUGAAGGAUUCGGGAUUUCUAGACGGAGCUUUCCUGAGUCAGAACGCGGCUCUGGGCUCCGUGAGCCGCCUUCUUUACGAUGAGUUGGUCAAGUCAAUUCUGCGCAUUGUGGAAAAGUUGGACUUAUCCGUGCAGAAAAUAGCAACAGGAGAAGAGGCCCCCGACGAUGCAGCCCACGUUCUUCCCUCUUCAGACCCUACAGCAAACCUGUUGCCCAAUAAGAUCAAAGACUUCACUGCUUUUAUCAACCUGGUCGACUUCUGCAGUGAGUUGCUGCUGAACACGCAUGUGGAGUAUUUCCAGUCCUGGAUGUAUCCCCUGAGCCACGAACUGAUCCUGCACUCCAUACGAAAUCCACUCGUCAGCGGCUUCUAUAAGCUGCUGUCGGUCGCCAUGAAAGUCGCCAAGAGGAUCAAGUACUACCAGGGUGUGGGACUGAGAAGUUCUGCGUCCAGUCAGGAUGACACAGUCAGAAGUCCUUGUUUUUCUCUCUUCUCAAAGUUUGGGAAAGAGGUGUGUGUCCGAAUGAAGCAGUACAAGGAUGAGCUGCUGGCUUCCUGUUUGACCUUUGUCCUCUCUCUGCACCAUGACAUUGUUGCUCUGGACAUGAAUGCCUACUGUCCAGCUCUGGAGACGGCUCUGAGGUUGGGUCUAAGUCACAUUCCUCUGGCGAACGCAGCCUUGGACGCUCUGGAGGACUGGUCCUCCCACCUCCCGCUGGACACCAUGCAGCCGCACUACCCCAACAUCCUGCCCCUCCUGGAUGGAUACCUGAAGACCACCUCCUCCAGCGAUAAAGAUGAGAGCAAAUGGGAGGUGAUGUCCUCGUUGUCUUCAAGACGGGACAAAGGAUACAGCAGGGUGAUGACGAGGCUGCUCAAGAAAUCCAACCAGCUUUCCAUGGAAGAUGUUCCUCUCGUAAUGCUAAGGCUCAGGGUGGUGAAGUUGCUCGGCCACCUGGGAGGAAAGCUGAACAGGAACCUUGUGACGGUGCUCUCAUCGGAAGAAAUGCUGAAGAAAUUUGUUGCCUGGGAUUCAGAGAAAAGGCUCAGCUUCGCCGUGCCGUUCACAGACAUGAAGCCUGUGAUCUUCCUGGAUCCCUUUCUGCCGCGCGUCAGCGAACUGGCUCUGUCCACGAGUGACAGACAGACCAAAGUGGCAGCCUGCGAGCUGCUCCACAGCUUGGUGGUCUACAUGAUUGGGAAGAGUGCUCAGAUGGUGGAAGGGGAGAACAGACUUCCUCCUAUGUACAAGUUGCACAAAAAGCUGUUUCCUGUGUUGCUCCGUCUGGCCUGCGACGUAGACCAGGUAACCAGGCAACUCUUUGAACCGCUGGUCAUGCAGCUGAUACACUGGUUCACCAACAACAAGAAGUUUGAGAGCCAAGACACGGUGGCCGUUCUGGAGGCCAUUCUGGAUGGCGUGAUUGACCCAACCGACAGCACCCUCAGAGACUUCUGCGGGCGAUGCAUCCAAGAGUUCGUCAAGUGGUCGAUCAAACAGACCACGCCCACGCAGCAGGAGAAGAGCCCUGCCAACAUGAAGUCCCUGUUUAAGCGCAUUUACAGCCUGGCUCUCCACCCCAAUGGGUUUAAAAGACUGGGCGCAAGCCUGGCUUUCAACAGCAUCUACAGACAGUUCAGAGAAGAAAACUCUUUGGUGGAGCAGUUCGUCUUCGAAGUUCUCGUCAUUUUUGUUGAAAGUCUGGCUCUGGCGCACUCAGAUGAGCGAUCCAUGGGUACUGUGCAGCAGUGCUGCAGUGCCAUCGACCAUCUGAAGAGAAUAAUCAAACACAAAGCCCCCAGUCUCAAUCAGCACAAUGCAAAGAGACGCAUCCCAAGGGGGUUCCCGCCUGACGAGAAGCUGUGCCUGUCAGAUCUGGUGGUGUGGCUGCUGGAGCAGUGCGGCCGACCGCAGACAGAGUGUCGCCACAAGUGCAUGGAGCUCCUCUAUGAGUUUAUUCCCCUCCUCCCAGGAAAGAAAUCUCCGCCGCAGUGGUUGGAAGGCAUGCUAAUGGAUCAUGGCAUCGACUUCCUGAUCUCCCGGUGUGAGGGUGGGGGCCUCCUCUCCCAACCGACACUCAGGGACCUGACCGGCCCCUUUAGCGUCCGAGCCACCCUGCAGUGGAUGGACCUACUACUCGCCGUCCUCGACUGCUACAACACCUUCAUCGGCUUGCACAUCAUCAAGCCUCAGCACAUUCUCAGCUCAAAAGACAAAUCUAGCUUCCUGAAAGCCACACACUUCUUCUUGACGGAGCUUGCGAGUUGCGGACUGGCGGCCGCAGAGAGCUGUUUUAGUCUCAGCGAGAGGACGUCUCACUUCAGCCCGAGAGAGGUGGACCAGUACAACUACAGCAAGUGCACCAUCACUGUCCGUCUACUGGAGUUUGCCUCCAUGAUUCUCGUCAAAGGAGACCAAGGGUUCUGGAAGCUGCUGGAACAGGAAGUUUUCUGCGCAGUGUUUUUCGAAUUGACCGCAGCGGUGGUGUGCGAGCCAUCCGCCGUGGGGUUCAACAUGGCCGACGUGGAGGUUAUGAGGAACCUGCCAGAGGUGUGCGUGCCGUUGCUCAAGGCUCUGAUGGCUUCGCCUUACAGCGGCCGCCUCGAAAGCAGCUUACGGACAAAAGUCUCUCGUAAAAGUGUGGAGAAGCUGUGUGAAAUAGACCUGUACCACUCUGGGUCUCUCAGUCACCAUGAGCAAAUGGAAAUGGUCCUUUCUUCCUGUAAGCAGAUUCACAAAGCUGGCCUCCUCAGCUCCAUUUUACACAGCCAGGAUUCGGCGUACAGCAACUCUCUUGGCCACAAACUCCUGAUGACGGUGUAUAAAGGCAUAGCACCGGGAGGAGACAGGAAGGCGCUUCCAUCCUUGGACAUAAACACCAGGAGACUAGCGGACGGACUGCUGCAGCUCUCCUUUUCUAUAAGCCAACAGAGUGAGCAGCUGGUGGAGUUGCUGUUGAACACCAUCAUGCUGUCGGUGCCGAUCUCAGGAGGUCACAGCCACAACUUCCUCAGCUUCUCCCACGGCGAGUACUUCUACAGCCUCUUCCAGGCCACCAUCAACACAGAGCUGCUGAAAAAUCUGGAAACCGCCGUGCCACGUCUCAUGAAGGCCUCCUUGGAGAAUCCCAGCAUGGUCAGUGUGGUGCUGAACGGCAUGUUGGACCACAGCUUCAGAGAGCGCACUGUUAGGAAAACCCAGGGCCAGAAGCUGGUGGAAGAAAUUCUGAGGCGGUGGAUGAGUCUGCAGUCCUGGUGGGACGGACCUUCGUCCACUUCAGAGAGUAAAACUGCCAUUCUCCUCCUGCUCUCCAAGCUCCUGCAGAUUGACUCCUCCGUUUGCUCGGACGUAGACCACAAAGCGUUCCAGCAGGUGUUUUCCACUUUCACUCUGCUGCUGGUCGACAUGAAUCUGCCUCUGAAUCUCAAGAGUCAGGCCCUGUUGGUGUUGCCGUUUUUCACAACACUCAAAGGCGAGCUGCUAGCUGGGCUGCAGAGAGCUCUGGACGCCGUGGUCGCCUCCCACUUCCCCAUGCAGUCCGACGAGUUCGCCAAGGGCUCGCUGCACCGCAACAACUACAUGGACUGUAUCCGGAAGUUGCUGGAUGCCCUGGAGCUUUCCCAGAGUCCUCUCCUGCUCCGACUGAUGGCAGGAGUUCUGUGUCGGGACGGGAAGCACAUCAUGGAGGAGCAGUUUCAGACAUGUUUCCGAAGAAUCUCAAAGAGGGCGAGCAGCGAGCGGCAGCUGCAGCUGCUCAGCGGGGUGUAUGAGGUGAUCCAGCAGGGCGACGUUCCGGUGAGCUCCAUGCUGCAGGACCUGACGGACCGAGUCCUGCUGCCUCUGGCCUCCCACUGCGGCACCAAGGCCCUGAGCGACUUCUUUGUGACGAAUGUCUUUGACAUAAUCGCCUUCCUGCAAAGCCGUUUCACAAAGUCUAGCGAAGCCGCUUUCGAGGUCCAGCUGCUGAGGAAAAACGGCUGCUACAAGAUGAUGGAGCUCCUGUAUUCCCGCCUUCCCAAAGACGAAGUCUACUCGAAGGAGUCGCGCAUCAACCAGGCCUUCUGCCGCUUGGAAAAGACAGAGGGGAACGAGUUGUCUAAAACCUUGAUCAAGUCGUGUUUCGAAGGCUUCACGGAGAACAUGGCCGGUGAGACGCAGCUGCUGGAGCUCAGGAGAGGCUUCCACUGCGCCGCGUACAACUGUGCCGUGGCCGUCAUCAGCUGCAGCUUCAGCGAGCCCAAGUUCUACCAGGGCUUCCUCUUCAGCGAGAAACCAGAGAAGAAUCAGUUCAUUCUUGAAAACAUCAUCGACGUUCAGCGCACCUACAACUUUCCCAUUGAAAUCGAGGUCCCACUUGAGAGGAAGAAGAAAUAUUUCAUGAUUCGAAAAGAAGUCAGUGAUGAGACAGGAGAAGCGCCGGUGUAUCUUUCCUCCCAGUCCUACAUGGCCGACAGCAGCCUGAGUGAGGAGAUGAGUCAGUUUGAUUUCUCCACGGGCGUCCAAAGCUUCUCCGUGAGCUCCCAGAAUCCACAGGGACACAAACGCACCGCGGCGAAAAAGGAAACUGAGGACAGAAGUCCCGCCCCGGAAGGGAUGGUGGAUCUGGAAAUGGACGAGCUAAAUCAGCACGAAUGCAUGGCCACCAUGACGGCUUUGAUACAACACAUGCAGAGGAGCAACAUAACGCCUAAGAUCGAGCAGGGAACAACGCCUGACGAGCUUCCGCCGUGGAUGAAGUUUCUGCACGGGAAACUGGCAAACCCAGCGACGCCUCUGAACAUCCGACUCUUCAUCUCAAAGCUGGUCAUCAACACAGAGGAGGUCUUCCGGCCGUAUGCCAAGCACUGGCUCGGGCCGCUGCUGCAGCUGGUCGUGUCUGGAAGCAAUGGAGGAGUGGGGAUCCAUUUCAUGGUGGUGGAUAUUGUGGUCACAGUUCUGUCCUGGACCAGUCUGGUCACGCCAAAGGGAAACCCCAGAGAUGAAGUCCUCGCCAAUCGGCUGCUGGAGUUUCUGAUGAAGCACAGCUUCCACCCGAAAAGGGCCGUUUUCCGCCACAACCUGGAGAUCAUCCGCACUUUGGUAGAGUGCUGGAAAAACUGCCUGCAUGUGCCUUACAGCCUAAUAUAUGAUCGUUUUUGCGGCACCGACCCAAACAGCAAAGACAACUCUGUCGGACUCCAGCUGCUGGGAAUCAUCCUGGCCAACAACCUGCCCGCCUACGACGCUUCGUGCGGAAUUGAGUACGAGAGGUACAUCCAGUCGCUCAGCAACAACCUGACCUUUACCAGAUAUAAAGAUGUCUACUCGGCUGCGGCGGAAAUUAUCGGCCUCGUUCUGAAGAGCAUGACAGAAACGGUAAAUCAACAGCAAGAACUUUUCAAUCUCGCUGCAACCAAGAUAAUGGAUCUGAAGAAAAAAGACCUGGAUGACAAGUUCAUCAUCUGCUUGAAUAAAGUGACCAAACACUUCCCGCCCUUUAUGGAUCGGUUCGUCAAUCAUGUUUUUUCCCUGCUGCCGAAGCUGCACGGCAUCUUAAAGACUCUCUGCCUGGAGUGCGUGCUCAGCCGAGCCGAUGUGAUCCCAGACAUCUUUCUGCAGCUGAAGAGUUCAGGUUUCAUCCAGAUGAUGAGCCACAGGGACGAAGCGAGACAGAGGGUGUGUCUGGAUAUCAUACACAAGAUAAUUGCCCUACUGAGUCCGGUGGAACUGCAGGAGCUCCUGGGAGCGGUGACGAUGUUUGUCUCUCACCCCUCACCCGUUUGCAAAGAGAGGAUGUACGAGAUCCUCAUGUGGAUCCAGGACAACUAUGGUGACGAAGAAAGCAUGAAAGAUAAAACGUCGCUGGAGAUUUUGGAUGCAGCUAAAGAAACUUUACUUCAAGGACUCUCAGAGGAAAAUCAAGGCCUUCGGCUUUAUGUCCGUAACUUCUGGAGUCAGGAGAAGCGCCUCCCCUCUGCCACCCUAGAGCGGAUGCUGACGGUGCUGCGUUCGCUGUACUCCUGCCAGAUAGAACGCUGCUUUCUGAGCCUGGCCACCAACCUGCUGCUGGAGAUGACCAGCCAGAGCCCCGACUUCACGCGGAACAUGUUUGAGUAUCCUCUGUCAGAGUGCACCUUCCAGGACUACGUCAUUGAUUCAAACUGGCGCUUCAGGAGCACAGUGAUGACACCCAUGUUUGUUGAAACCCAAAGCUCUCAGGGCCCGGAGAGCUCAGGGGCCUCCCAGUCCGGAUCCAUGAAAGGGAAACUCAGAGCAACACAGACCUCCUUAGAGUUUAGUCAAACCCAGACACCAGGUCGGCGUACGGCCUACAACUGGCUAACUGGCAGCAGCGUGGAUACCCUGGCAGACUAUUCGGGUAGCGCAGAGUCUCUGUCUUCGCUGCUUGUGUUCGAUAAGAAAUCGGAGCGUCAGACAGCGGCGAGACGACCGGUGGGAGAAGGCUUCGGCCUGAGGCGGCUGACGGCGUCCACGGACGAGGUGGACAGUCGCACCAGAGCUGAAAACGAGCAACGGAGCAACAUUCUGAGGCUGAGGCGCAGAUUCCUGAAGGACCAGGAGAAAGUCAGCUUGGGUUUUGCCCAGAAAGAGAUCCGACAACAGAGACAGAGGAAGGAAGAAAAAGCUGACCAGAGGCUGCGGAAGGAAGCUCAGGUGACUCUGUAUAGGAACUACCGAGUGGGCGACUUCCCAGAUAUCCAGAUCCCGUACAGCAGCCUCAUCGCUCCCCUUCAAGCUUUAGCUCAGAGAGACCCGAUCUUAGCCAAGCAACUCUUCAGCUCCCUCUUUGCCGGCAUCCUCCAAGAAAUGGAUAAAACACACACUCCGCAGGAAAGUGGAAGAAUCAAGGAGGAACUACGGUGCAACAUGAACACAUUCCUGAAUAAGAGCACGCUCUGCUUCCCACCGUUCAUAGCAUGCAUACAGGACAUGUGCUACCAGCAGAGAGAGCUGCAGCAGCUGGAUCCGGGCGCCGUCAGCUCCACCUGCCUGGUGAGUCUCCAGCAGCCGUCGGGCAUCCUGCUGCUGGAGGAGGGUCUGCUCCACGCCACCGAGCCAGAGGAGCGCCCCGCCAAACGGGCGCGAGGACGACGAGAAAUCCCGCCGGACACCAACAAAUGGAUCCACCUGGCCAGACUUUACAGGGACCUGGCGGACUAUGAUGUUGUGCGCGGCAUCUUCGGUGGGAAAGUCGGCACAAAGUCGAUCACUUGUUCCGCCCUCCAAGCCGAAGCCAACACGGACUUUGCAGAAGCCGUGAAACUUUACAAUGAGGCGCUGAACACCGAGGACUGGCCGGAUGGAGAACCUACCGAGUCCGAGAAGGAUUUCUGGGAAAUUGCAGCUAUGGAGGCGUAUAACCAGCUGACAGAGUGGAAGUCUCUUCAGUACUGCUCCACUGUGUACAUUGAUGAAAACACGCCACCCAACCUGGAGAGGAUGUGGUCAGAGCCUCUCUACCAGGACAUGUACCUGCAGCACAUGAUUCGCAGCAUGUUGAAGCAGCUGCAGUUGGGCGAGAGCGACCAAACGCUGCUCAGCUUCAUCGACAACGCCAUGAGGGUGGAGGAACGCAAGAAGCUGCUGGAGAGUCACCACAGCCAGGAGCUCAGCCUGCUCUACAUCCUGCAGGAGGACUACGACCGCGCCAAGUACUACACCCACCACGCCAUGCAGCUCUUCAUGGAGAGUUACUCCAGCGUAGAUACACUCCUGACCCAAAGCCGACUGGCCGUCCUGCAGCCGGUGCAGGCGCUGACAGAGAUCCAGGACUUCCUGCUCUUCAUCAAAGGAGAUGUGUCUGUGGGAUCUCUUAAGAGCCUCAUCAGGUCUUGGACUGAUCGGUAUCCCGACACCAAAGUGGAUCCAGUGAUCGUGUGGGACGACAUCAUCACAUCUCGGUGUUUCUUUUUGGACAAGAUUAGGGAAAAGCUGAGGGCCGCGGCUCCCAGCGACAGCAUGGAGGUGGACGAGGCGCAAGACCCGGCGCGCAACGUCGAGACGAUCGUGAACGACUGCAAGUUCACCAUGAAGCUGCAUAUGGCGGACAGCGCCUGCCAGCAGAAAAACUUCCCUGUCACCACCAAGCUGCUGAAGGAACUUCACAAGGAAGCCAAAAGCAACAGAGGCUGGCUGCUGCGCUGGGUGCACAGCUUCAGCAGCUACAACCACAAGCGCAGCCAGACGCAGGGGGCUAUGGAGCAGAUCGGUGCCAUGCUGAAGACCAUCCCGCUCCUCGAGGAGCUCGAGGCGGACUGUCAGAGCGCCACAUCUGAAGUGUUUAGGCGGCAGAAGAUUCUCCAGGGCACGUCGUUCCACAUCCUAGCCUCGGCGGUGGGCAGAAGCCCGUCCGUCCUGGGAACGCUCGCCGCAGAGAAACAAGAGAGCGUUGUCAGGCUUUCAGGAGCUGCAAACCCAGAGGAAGUUGAGGUGGGAUUGCAGCAGCACGCCCUGAAGCUGCUGUGUGAGGCGAGCAGAAAGGCCGACGAGGAGCUGCAGUCCUUUGCUCACGACUUCGUGGAGACCAGCAGCAUCUCGGAGACGUACAUGGCUUUGGCUAACUUCUGCGACAAGCUGCUGCGAGAAGAGGAGCAGAAGGACACCGUCAGUCAGUUCCCGGACCUCGAGGCGCUGUCGGUGCACGUGGUGGAGAGCAUGCUGAAAGCUCUGAAGAUGACCUGUGAGGAGGCCCGCCUCCGGUUUCCGCGCCUGCUGCAGAUUAUUGAGCUGUAUCCAUCAGAAACGCUGGACGUCAUGACUAAAGAGAUGUCGUCGAUUCCCUGCUGGAUACUCAUCAGCUGGAUCAGCCAAAUGGUGGCCCUGCUGGACAAGCCUGAAGCGAUAGCUGUGCAGCACUGCAUCGAGCAGGUAGCCAGGUGUUACCCUCAGGCGCUGGUCUACGCCCUCAUGAUCAGCAGUGAGAGUUACCGCUUCGAGGAGUCGGUAACGGGACACCAGCAGCAGGAAUUUGUCGACAGGCUUAGGAGCAUGUUGGAUAAAGGAGGAGCUGUGAAGAGCUUUGUGGACGCCCUGCAGCAGCUCACGAAUCCUGACAUGAUUUUUAAGGAUUGGUGGGAGAGUGUGAAGAGCGAAAUGGAAAAGUCGACCUUCAGCAAGAAGCAGAUGGGUGAAAUGUACGAGGAGAUGCGCUCCUCGCUCUGCGAUCGCAACACCCAGGGCCAUGGAGGGUUUCGCAAGAAAUUCAUACAAAAAUUCUCCAAAGAUGUGGAGAAACUCCUGGGACCUAAUGGUUGCAAUGUUUUCGAGAAGAGGAAAAACAAAAACUUUUUGCAAGAGGUGACUAAGCUGAUGGAAUCCAUGCGUAGAUUUCAGAAGGAACCGGGGAAUCUGAAGGAGUACUCGCCCUGGCUGAGCGGCUUCAAAGCCGACCCAUUCAGCAACGAGCUGGAGAUUCCAGGACAGUAUGAUGGGAGAUCUAAACCGCUACCGGAGUACCAUGCAAAAAUAACUGGCUUUGAUGAAAGGGUAAAGGUGAUGUCUUCCAUGCGUCGCCCAAAGCGCCUGAUCAUCCGCGGGGACGACGAGCGGGAUCACCCCUUCUUGGUAAAGGGCGGGGAGGACUUGCGGCAGGACCAGCGCAUCGAGCAGCUGUUUGGCGUCAUGAACAUCGUGCUGAGCCACGAUACGUCCUGCACACGCCGAGGCUUGCAGCUCCGCACUUACCAAGUUAUCCCCAUAACCACCAGAAUUGGUCUGAUUGAGUGGAUGGAAAAUACGUGCACGCUAAAAGAGUUCCUGGACAACACAAUGACGGUAGACGAGCAGCAAAAGGCCCAAAGGUGUGGUGAAAUCUAUCAUAAAUGGCUCUCCACCUUUGGUGAAGAUCCUCCCAUCAGCCUGUAUGGACUGUCAUACAGGAAAGCAAAACGUGACAACGCAGUGGGAAAUUUCCUCAAAGUCCUGCAGCACGUGCCCAGCGAUCUGCUUAAGAGAGCUUUCCUGAAGAUGUGCAACGGUCCGGAGGCGUUCCUCUCGCUGCGAUCGCACUUCAUCACCUCCCACGCUCUGCUGUGCGUGAGCCACUGGCUUCUCGGAAUCGGAGACCGCCACCGUUCCAACUUCAUGAUCAACAUGGAAACCGGUGGUAUGAUCGGCAUCGACUUCGGCCAUGCGUUUGGAUCGGCCACACAGUUCCUCGCGGUGCCGGAGCUCAUGCCCUUCCGGCUGACUCAGCAGUUUGUGAAUCUGAUCCAGCCGUUGAAGGAGUCCGGUUUGAUCCAGAGCACCAUGGUCCACUCCCUGCGAGCCUUCAGAGCUGAACCGGACCUGCUGCUCAACACCAUGGAUGUGUUUGUGAAGGAACCCUCACUGGACUGGAAGAACUUUGAGAUGAAACAGCUGAAGAAAGGAGGAACGUGGACCCAGAGCGUAAAUACCAAAGAAAUCAACUGGUUUCCUCUGCAGAAGGUGAACUUUGCCAGAAGGAAACUAGAGGGCGCUAAUCCAGCCACAAUAACCAGCGAGGAGCUGAAGCUGGGUUUUGAAAGGGAUCUCGCCUUCCAAGGAAUGCAGGCAGUGGCUUUGGGAUCUGAGGAGCACAAUGUCCGGGCGAAGCUUCCAGCCGCGGGCCUGUCUGUGGAGCAGCAGGUGGACUGCCUGCUGGACCAGGCCAUGGACCCAAAUGUGCUUGGCAGAGUUUAUGCGGGAUGGGAGCCAUGGAUCUGAUGUGAAUCACUGUCCUUAGUGUUUACAAUAAUUAUUCUGGAUGAAGGCAAAUGGAAAGUAAUUACUGGGAAAUAAAUUUUUUUCUGUGAUUGGAAUGGUGUUAAAUGUGAAGGAGAAAAGGCAUGUUUGCAAGGUUAGCAUUUUGAAACAGACACGUUGAACUGUCAGUGUCUUUUAUAGAAGUGGAGAAAUUACUGCAUUUUAAUGGAAAUGAUGGUCAAAUGUAACACUGGAGUUGUAAUACUGUAAGAUCAAGGUAGGCAUUCUGGAUUUCAAUAAAAUGCUACAAAGUCA